AUGACUCCCCUCCAGUCCUUGGGUAUAAUUCUCAUGGAUGAAACCACUAGUGUUCAGUCAAUUCUUGACAAUAAUCAGCAUAUCUCACAUCAAGACUUGAGGGGGCUGUAUAGAUUUUUCUGGGUAGCCGCAGAAGGUGUGCCAGUGUUGGUUAACCUGGACUUCAUAGGACCCCCAGGGGACAUACAGUCAGCUCAAGGUGCACUUUGGAACCUGAUUGAGAAAAUUGAUUCUCUCUGUCUCCGUUACGGAAAUUACCUCCGGGCGUCUUCAAGAACCGCAGAGGAAACACAAGAAGGAACACAAGUGCUGGAGGAGACCAAUCAAGAAAUGAACAGAGCAAGGACUUGGCUGACAAACAUGCAAGGUCCCAAUGAAUGGGCACCGGAUGGUCCUGGAUUUUAA